AUGCCGCGUGGGAAAAAGCUGACAGAGAGUGAAAUAAGAGUGAUCGUAAAUUUAAAAGAAAAGAAUACUUCUAUUUCAGAAAUUUCAAGAGUGAUUGGGCGAAGUCGAUGUGCCGUGUUCAAUUAUUUAAAAAAUAGAGGGAAUUAUGGAAAGAAACAUCCUGGAGGACGUCCAAAAGCGGCAACCGAACGACAACGGCGAGCAAUUCUGAGGGUAGCGUCGAAUUCUAGCUUGACAGCACGGCAAAUUGCAGCAGAAGCUGGCGUUCAUACUAAUAUUCGUAAUGUGCAACGGAUAAUUAAACAAGCUAAGCAUUUAAAAAGACGAAAAUUGCAGAAAAAACCACCACUUACGAAUCGACACAAAGCAGCCAGGGAAGAUUUUGCUGAAAGACAUAUCCAGUGGGGAAAAAAGUGA